AUGGCUAUAGAUCGGCUUGUGGACAGCUUUCUUGAAUCAAAUCCUUCCCAAAAGAAGCAGAUUAUCUCCCUCGGGGCAGGUACUGACACCCGCUAUUUUCGAACAUUCUCUCGCUUUGACGCUCUUGAGAAGCGUAACUGGGUGUAUCAUGAGAUUGAUUUCCCCGAAAAUAAUACUCGGAAGCUAAAGUCUAUCGCGCGCUCGAGUAAAUUAGCAGGAUGCAUUGAAUGUCCUGUGCGGUACUUCAACUUGUCAGACAAGAGCUUGGUUGGUGCACCAAGUAUGGUCGAAUCAAUCAAUUAUCAUAUUCAUUCUGUGGAUCUAAGGACGCUCGACCCUCUCACGGCACGUCCGUCGACCUUUGAUAGCAUAGACCCGUCACUGCCGACCCUGAUCUUAUCCGAGUGCUGUCUCUGCUAUCUUACGCCUGCAGCUGCAGAUACAGUUGCUCUCUACUUUACGAAGCACUUCUUUCCUUCGAGCACCCCUCUUGGCCUUGUUCUUUACGAGCCUAUUCGACCUGAUGACGCCUUUGGAAAGACUAUGGUGUCUAAUCUUGCGACCCGAGGAAUAGUACUGCAAACAUUGAAGAAAUACGGCUCGUUAGACUCCGAAAGUGCAAGAUUGAAGGUUUAUGGGUUUGGAGAAAGCCGAGGCGCAGAUAUCAAUGAGUUGUGGAAAAAGGGUGUAGAUGAGGUAGAAAAGGAACUAGUCGCUAGACUCGAGAUGGUUGACGAGGUCGAAGAAUGGGAACUCUUGGCUGCUCAUUACUGCGUCGCCUGGGGUUGGAGAUAUGGCGAGCAGGAAUCGACAUUCGGUCUUUGGGAUCGUUGGACAGAUAUAUUCAAAUGA